AUGCUCUCUCGACUUCUCAGACAACAUGUCUGUGGACAAAUACCCGUCAAAUCGCUUGGAAACCUUGCUGGCCGAAGCCGUUUCAUGGCAACAGUGGCCGAUGCAACACCACGACAAAUGCCGACCCCAAAGCGGACCCGGGCCACUCCUGUAUCCUAUGAUCUAGCUACUCUCACGAUCCGGGACGGUCCUGUUUUUCAUGGCAAGUCAUUCGGUGCAAAAUCAAACAUAUCUGGUGAAGCUGUUUUCACGACGUCUCUGGUGGGGUACCCAGAAUCGUUGACCGACCCUUCCUACCGAGGUCAGAUCCUGGUCUUUACCCAGCCUCUGAUUGGAAACUACGGCGUUCCAUCGUCGGCGCGUGAUGACUGUGGGCUUCUCAAAUACUUUGAAUCCCCCAACAUCCAAGCCGUGGGUGUUGUGGUGGCUGAUGUGGCGGAGCAGUACAGUCACUGGACUGCUGUUGAGAGCCUCAGCGAUUGGUGUGCUCGAGAAGGGGUACCAGCCAUCUCAGGCGUUGACACUCGAGCCAUUGUUACACAUCUUCGGGAGCAAGGAUCAUCACUUGCUAGGAUCACCAUUGGUGAGGAAUAUGAUGCUGACCAGGAUGAAGCUUUCGUCGAUCCCGAACAGAUCAACCUGGUCCGCAAAGUCAGCACCAAAGCACCCUUUCACGUUAGUGCGCCCAGUCCCAUUGCCCAUGUCGCUGUAAUCGACUGUGGGGUCAAGGAGAACAUCCUGCGGAGUCUCGUGGGUCGCGGUGCGAGCGUCACAGCUUUCCCCUGUGAUUAUCCUAUUCAUAAGGUGGCUCACCAUUUUGACGGGGUCUUUAUCUCAAAUGGACCCGGCGACCCUACACACUGUCAAGAGACUGUCUACCACCUCCGCAAGCUUAUGGAAUCAUCUCAGAUCCCUAUUAUGGGCAUUUGCCUUGGACAUCAACUGCUUGCUCUCGCCGCAGGCGCUCGCACUAUAAAAUUGAAGUAUGGCAACCGUGCCCACAAUAUUCCUGCGUUGGAUCUCACCACAGGGCGUUGCCACAUCACCAGUCAGAAUCAUGGAUAUGCCGUGGAUGCUUCAACCCUACCAAGUGACUGGAAGCCUUACUUCCUCAAUUUGAAUGAUAACUCUAAUGAAGGGCUCAUCCAUACGUCUCGUCCUAUCUUUUCCACGCAGUUCCACCCCGAGGCAAAGGGAGGGCCGCUAGACUCUGCAUAUCUGUUUGACAUGUACUUGGAGAAUGUGCAUAAGUACAAGCAAAGCCAGGCGAUCUUUCAGCCUCAGCGCGACAGUCGACCGAGCCCUCUCCUUGUGGACCUAUUGGCCAAGGAGAGAGUUGGUGUGCAGCCCACUGUUGGCAUGUCGAACAUGAUGCAGGCCCAGCAGCAACAACAGCCAGUCUACGCAGCUGGGGCUGCCUAA